UUGUACCCUAACGAACACCAGUUAGCCCUCCUUUUUUCUUUCUCACGAGCAAGGAAGUACAACAUGGGUCGACUUGCAGAGAUGCAAAGGAAGCUUCUGGAGCAAAUGAUGGGUCCAGAGGCUAUGGGUGUUGCGAACGCGAAUCUGACAUGGUCAGACGAGAAGGUUUGCCGUAACUUCCUUUGCGGAACAUGCCCACAUACGCUUUUCACGAAUACGAAAAUGGACUUGGGUGCCUGUCCGAAGUCGCACACCGAACGUCUCAAGACGGAGUUCCUGCAAGCACGGGAAGCAGACCCAAACAACCCCAUUUUUGCACGCUUCCAGAUGGAAUACGAAUCCAAUAUCUUCGCUUUCGUUGAUGAGUGUGACCGGAGAAUCCGUGCUGCCCACCGGCGGCUGGAGAAGACACCAGAGGAAAACGCGAAAACGACGAACCUGAUGCGUGAAAUUGCUGAGAUUGAGCUCGCUAUCCAGGGCGGCACAGAGAAGAUCGAAACCCUCGGUGAGCAAGGCAAGGUUGAAGAGUCUAUGCGAGAGAUGGCAGCCAUCGAGGCUUUGAAGAGCGAAAAGGCAGAGAAGGAGCGGGAGCUGCAACAAUUGACGGAUACUUCUGGCGCGUCCGGUCAUCAGAAGCUCCGCGUCUGCGAUGUCUGCGGCGCCUACCUCUCCGUCCUCGAUUCAGAUCGUCGUCUUGCAGACCACUUUGGUGGAAAAAUGCAUCUUGGUUAUCACGAACUCCGGAACAUGCUGGGGAAGUUCAAAGAGGAGCGUGAGAAGCGCAAAGCGGCCCCCCCUGCUCCUGGUGGCGGACCUGGCGGAUCUGCACCUCCAGGCGGUGCACCUCCGCGCGGUGGCGAACGGGAUUACAGGGUAUCAAGAGAUGACUACAAGGAUCGGGGUGGGGGGUACGAACGUCAUGGCUCGUCCCGCUACGACGACCGCCGAAGAGAUCGUUCUCGCUCUCCAGGCAGGAGGAGAUACUGAUUGCUGUAUGGCUGUAUAAUAUCUGUCACUUCUUUGUCUCUACUGCCGGUUCUUGUCGUGAUAUAGCUCAGAAUAUUAUGCAGCACGUAUGCCCCUGGAUACAGUUUUCUGC